AUGCAUAUUCCUACUUUCGGACAGGUUGCCACCCUUGGCAUGGCUUUCUUUGCCGCCGCUGCCCUGGCUGUGCCCAUCGCUGAGCCCCUCGAGGCCGACCUGGUCGAGACAAUCCUGGACAUGGACUUUUGGGCUAACAUUUGUACGCAGGCCAUUGCCGGCGCCGAUAUCGUCGCCCGCAACGCCCUUGAGGAGCGCAACAGCAAGAAGAAGUGCAAGCGCACCAACAACAAGGGCUACUGCACCGACUCUGACGAUGACAAGAAGAAGAAGAAGAAGAAGCAGUGCAAGCGUAACAAGAAGGGUGACUGCUCUGACUCCGACUCUGACAUCGACAAGAAGAACAAGAAGAAGAAGCAGUGCAAGCGCAACAAGAAGGGCGACUGCUCCGACUCCGACUCCGAUGACGGCAAGAAGGGCGGCCACAACGGCUACCAGAAGGACAACAAGAAGGGAAACAAGUAUGACAACAAGAAGGGUCACUACCGCCGCGAGGAGGGUGCUGCCUUCGAUGUCGAAGACCUUGAGUAA